AUGGUAGGAUCAUCAUCAUUGCCUAGGAUAAAUGGUGACACGGAUGAUGAUGCGUCAAUUCAUCUUCAUGCCACGAUUGGUCCAGCUAAACCAUUGAUUGGAUCGCAUAAGAAACCAAUCAUUAGAACUGAAGUGGAUGAAAAAAUAUAUCAUGAAUUACGAGAUAUAACGGAUAAUAAUGGUAUUGAAGAAGAAGAGGAGGAGAAGGAUUAUGAUGAUGAUUAUGAUAAUGGUCCUGUUGGUUUGUCACAUCAUGAUUUAAAUGAUUCAUUUCGAAAAUAUCAACAACAAUUAGUGAACAAUAAUGGAUAUGAUAAUGAUUCAGAUGAUGAAGAAGAAGAGGAUGAUGAUUACGUAGACUUUAAUGAUGAUGAUGAUACUACAGAAGUGGAAUCCGAAGGAGAUGAACUCGACUUUGAUUCUGAAAGUGAUGGUGAUAAAGAAUUAAAAGCUUUGAAUGAAAGAGUUAAAUCAUUUAAUCAAUCAAAAUAUUAUAAUCAUAGUCCUAUUCAAACAUUACUUCCAUCAUCUGAUAAACCAAAUCAAAGUUUGUUUGAUGAGUUCAAAACAACCACAGAGAAUCAAAGUGUUGAAAUAUCGGAUGACCAACCAGAAACAGUCGAACCAGAAAUAGAAGAUAAAGAAGAUGAACAGAUUAAAGAUGAUAAACCAGAGGCCACUAUACCGAACCAGACUUCAGCAUUUGCGACAAUUGAUAAUUCUCAUACUUAUAAAAGUUUAAUUGAAAUCACUGACAAAUUAAGUAAACGACAAGAUUUCCUUGAGGAUAAUCUUUCUUCAUCAUCAUCAUUUAUUAAUUCCAAAUUUGAUUCGGUUAACACUAAACUUGAAAGUAUAGAAAAAACUGUGGUAGAAAACUUAAAUAAUUUCAAACAAGAAAUAACACUCUUACAACUGAUUCAAGGAAGUGAAAAUCUAGAUGAUAGUACCAUUCAUGAUAAUUUAGUCUCCAUCAAAAAGGAGAUUGUGGAUGAGUUUGUUAAUAACUUACCUCAGUAUGUACCUGUCUAUAUUCAAAAUGGCAAAAUUCAUUUCGUUCCCCAAUUCCAUAAAUAUUUAUAUAAUUUCGUGGAAAAUUAUCAUCAAGCUCAUGCUUCAAACACAACCACAAUUGCACCAUUAACUAAUAGCACUACUAUAAACACACAUUUUAUGGAUAAACAAGAGUUGGAACGAUAUCUUGAUAAAAGAUUCUUAAGCAAUAAUAAAUUCUUUAUAUCUAAAUUCAAUACUUUGAUUGAUAGCUUAGAUUUAUCAACUUCAAACCUCACUAAUAUUAAUGAAAGUAGUGAGAAACUUAUCAAAUCAACAAAUAAAAUCUUACUUCGUGAAUUAUUAAAAGUAUUAUCGAAUGGUUCUAUAAAGAUCAAUUAUUCAGAUUAUACUCUUGGAUCAAGGAUAUUAGGAUUUUUAACUAAAUCAAAUUUAAAAAAUUCAUCAACAUCCAUAAGUCAUAAGUUAUUAUUAGGUUGGUAUGAUUAUGUUAGUGGAAGUGGUGUGAAAGAUCUUGGAUAUAAUGCUAAUUCCGUGAUACUUAAUACUGAUCAAAGUUGGAAAUGUCAAUCUAUAACGAAUGAUCAACCAUGUUCGAUUGGGAUAAGAUUAUCAGAUACGAUUGUGAUAUCAGACUUGGUCAUUAGUGUUAAUCCUGAUUUUGAAGGGGAAGUAUCGAUUUGGAUUAAACCUAGUCAGUAUAAGAUUCAAGGUCAAAAGUUAUUGACAUAUUUACAGGGAUUAAAAAUUAGUAAUACGGUUGUGACUACUACUAAUAAAUAUUUAAGUCGAUUUUUCAAAAUUAAACAAUUCAAAUCGAAAAAGAUAGAUACUCAAUCGAAUGACAAGUUACUAGUUGUUAAGUUUCCUGUUAGUUUAAUAAGUUUAGAAAUCGCUAGUAAGGAUAUUUAUAUUGAGUUUAAAUCAUCAAAUCCAAUUGAAAUCAAUAAUAUUAAAACAUAUGGUAUAUCUGAGUUGAAUGCUAACAGAUAUGAUAAACAAUUCCAAUUAAUGUUUGAUAAAAUCUACAAUGAGGAUAAUGAAGUUGAGUUGUUUGACCAAGAGGAAGUGUCACAUGGAGAUGUUGACACGUCGCCGUCUAUACCAACUUACGAUUUAUUAGAUGAUGAUGAGUAUAUAUGA